AUGGAUCAAGAUGAAUCAUCUAGCAUGAUUUCAAGUGCCAAAAACACCAAUUAUGGUAUUCAUCAAAGUAAUAAUAGUAAUUACUAUAAGAGAGCAAAGCAUGAUCAUGAUCAACAUAAUCAUCGCGAUUAUGUUGAUCAAACGACUAAUGUUUGUGACAUUAGCGAUAAUAGUAAUCAUGUUAUGAUUAAUAUUAGUUCACCCUCGGCGAAAUUUAAAGGUGUUGUGCCACAACAGAAUGGUCACUGGGGUGCACAAAUCUACGCCAACCAUCAGAGGAUUUGGCUUGGAACGUUUAAGUCUGAGAAGGCAGCUGCCAUGGCGUAUGAUAGCGCUGCCAUCAGACUCCGAAAUGGGGACACACAUAGGAACUUUCCGUGGACUAACGUUACUCUCCACGAGCCUGAUUUUCAAAGCCAAUACACUAUGGAAGCAAUUCUCAACAUGAUCAAGGAUGGUUCUUAUCAAUCGAAAUUCGAAGAAUUUUUGAGAAAUCGAUCUCAAAAAAAGGAAUUUGUGGAGAAUAAUAGUGUAAGUACUACUAAUCAUCAUGAUCGUCAUCAUUUUCAUCAUCCUCAUCAUCAUUUCAACCAACAAAUUAGGGUUCAUGGAGAUGCACAAUUUUUGUGUAGACAACUCUUUCAAAAGGAGUUGACACCAAGUGAUGUUGGUAAGCUCAAUAGACUUGUUAUCCCUAAAAAAUAUGCAGUGAAAUAUUUUCCUUACAUUAGUGAGUUAGCCGAAAGCGGGAUUGAAGAUAUUGAGCUAGUUUUCUACGACAAGCUAAUGAGGUCAUGGAGAUUUCGGUAUUGUUAUUGGAGGAGUAGCCAGAGUUUCGUCUUCACAAGAGGUUGGAAUCGUUUCGUGAAGGAAAAUAAUUUGAAAGCCAAUGAUGUUAUAACAUUCUAUACAUGUCAUAAGUGCAAUGUUCAUGGAACAAGGGAUGAAAAUGGCCAAAUUUUUUGCUUAAUUGAUGUAACUCAUAAUAAUGGGAUUAUUGAAAGCCAAAGUUGUUUGAACAAUAGUGGUACUAAUAAUAGUAAUAAUAUUGAAGUGAUGAAGGUUGAUUUGGAUCUUGAUUUGGAUUUAGAUUUGAAUUAUCAUCAUCAUCAUGAGGAUAAAUUUGAUCAUGAAGCCAUAGCCAUUAGUACUACUCAUCAUCAUGAGUUCAAAUACAAAGAAGUUGAGGCAUCUAGAAGUGUGGAGGAGAAAAAGUUUAGGUUAUUUGGUGUAGACAUCAAGUGAUGAUAAAAAUGUAAAACUAUAGCUUGAUAAUUGGUCAUAUAUAUAACUAUAUAUUUAUAUAUAUAACCAAUUAUACACAAAUUUUUUUUCAAUGCAAUCCUUGAUUAGAAUGUAAUUUUUCCUUUUAGCAUUAGAUUUUUUUUCAUAUGAAUUAUUGCAAUUUACGCUAGCUUAAUAGUAAGUACAUUGCUCCCAAGAUAAUAUUAACAAUAUUGUAGGUUUAUUUAUAUUCUUUGCAAAAUAGUAAGAGAAAUUUUAUUUAUUAUUAUUUUGUAACAUAUAUAUAAGAUUAAUUACUUUUUUUUUACAUAGAU